AUGUUCCUUUCAAUUCAAUAUCAAAUAUUUAUUCCAAAUGAAGCGGUGACUAUAAAGGAAUUGCAAGUACGACUUAGAAGAACUGCUGUAUUAGUGGCUAUUAAUAAAUCUUUUGCUAGUUGUAUAUUCUUAUCUGAUACAAUAAAACCUAAAGCUAAGAUUCAUGUGAGGGUAUCACCAAAGGUUGUGAUAGUUGGAGAUGGUAUAAAUGAUUCACCAGCGUUAGUGGCAGCAGAUUUAGAUAUCGCACUUUGUUCAGAUACAGAUAUUGUAAUUGAAGUAGCAGAUAUUGUAUUAAUGAGAGGAGAUAUAACAGAUAUGGUAGCAGCUAUUGAUUUAUCAAGAUCAAUAUUUAAACAUAUUAAAUUAAAUUUUAUAUGGGCAAAAUUUCAUUUACAUCCAAUGAUGGCCAGGGCUGCAAUGGCUUGUUCAAGCGUAAGCGUUGUCUGUUCUAGUCUAUUAUUAAGAUGGUGGAGUAAACCUCACUGGAUUGAUGAUGAUAACGGAGGAGUGGAAAAAGUUGUUUAA